AUGUGUUUCAACUGUCGAGGUGUUGAUUAUUUUUCCAGAGAUUGCAAAUCAAAGAAAGUUGACACAGAUGAAGAUUAUGAAGUAAACUACAAGAAGCUGUUGGGAUCUCUAAAAAGGGAGACCAUCGAUGUCAAAGUGUUGGUUGUUGAAGUAGAAAAUUAUGUGCCAGAAGAAGAAUCAUCUGAUAAAGAUAAAGGUAAGGAUAAGUGUUUGAUGGCUCAUAUUGAAGAUCCGGUUGUUGAUAAAGAAAGAGGUUCUAGAUCUUUUAAAGAUGAUCUUGCCAAAGUCGCAAAGGACUCAAAACAUCUAGUAUGGGAUUCAUCAUCUUCGUAUCAGGUAAAUAAGUUCAUUACCUACACUGAUAGCGAAAAAUCCAUGAUGUUUAAUUACUUGUGCCAUCAUCUUUCAAAAGUUAAUAAAGAAAAGCAUAUGCUUAGGGUUGAGCUUGACACACUUAUGAAUAAUUUGUCUAGCAUUAAGAAGACUCUUGCCUUUACCAACAGUAAAGUCACAAACUUAACUCUUAGCCAACACUGA